GUCCUGCUCAUCACCUAACAUCUCUCUCUUUCUCUCUCUUGGUUUUAAAAUUGUCAAAGUAACUCGGCCUGGACUCACCCAUGUGAAAGCAAUAUAUUUUUCCCCUCAUUGCAUGUUAGGCUCGUUGGAGGAUAUACCGUUUGCUUUCCUGCUCUGCCUUUCUUUUUCGUUUAUUGGGUCUGGCGGACGGACGGGGGGGGUUGCCAUUUUUAAUCAUCCUCUUUGAAAAGACAUCCUCCUCACUGGACGCUGUCGCUUUUGCAGCAGCUGUUGGGGCCUUAAAAAGCAGAGAAAGAUGGUAUUCUCUCCUCUGGCCAUGAUGACUUUACCGUCCCUGUCUCCCUCUUAGAACGCGGCAGUCCCCGUCGCUCUCUUCUGGAGAGGGGGAUAGACAGAGAUACUCAUGGCUCAGCAGGAAGGCGGGUGGCCGCUGGGGCUGCAACCGUUGAACGCGAGAGUUGGGGUCGUGAGGAACCGUGGGUGCUCCGGAUCAGCCUCUUUCAGCACUCUCCUCACCGGCUCUCCCACUUCCACCGCCGACACUUCUUCAGGUCUUGAUACAGAAUCAACUGGGUCUUUCUUCCAUGACAAAAGCAUUACACUUGGAAGCCUAAUAGGUGCUUCUAGCAUUCUAGAACUUCCAAGACGGUCAACGAGGAUCAGAAUUGCUGAAAGUUCUAGAGAUAAGAGGAGUUACAAGUCCAAAUCCUGGUUCUUCUCGCUCUGCUCGAAACUUAACACAGAUGCUGUGACCAUCAAGGGUGCUCAAUCCCUUGGUUACUUUCUAGAAGCAGAAAGAAGAGCUGCUGGCGGUUACCGAAGGAAUCACAACCUAGCCCUUUGCCGGCCCAGAUACCUCACACAAGAUCCUUCUGCUUCAGAAUCAAGAGCGCUGUGUUGGUGGACAAGUGGGUACUAACUCAGCCAUUCUCCCGGGUGCAGACGGGAGGAGGAAUCCGCAAAAGGUACAGGUAGAUGAUUUGAAUGCUUAUGGAGUUCCCUUACUCUUUUCAUGUUUGAGGGGACAGAUCGUUGGAUGAUGGCAUGAAAUAGCAUUUUUAUCAAUUGGCAACAGACCAACAGUUGCUUUGAGCAUUUGGGACUCACUGAUAAAAAAGUUCAAUUGGUCAUUUUGAAGUCAGAUAUCAUCGAUUUCUAUCUUGAGUCGCUGAGCAGACACUUAAGGAAGCCGUUCUAAUCCUUUCACUUUUCAGA